AUGUGUGGAUUACAGUUUUCUCUGCCUUGCCUACGACUGUUCCUUCUUGUUACCUGUUGUCUUAUAUUAAUAUUCCAUAAAGAGAUUCUUGGAUGUUCGUCUGUGUGCCACCUCUGCACUGGGAGACAAAUUAACUGCCGUAACUUGGGCCUUUCGAGUAUUCCCAAGAAUUUUCCUGAAAGUACAAUUUUUCUUUAUCUGACUGGAAAUAAUAUAUCAUAUAUAAGUGAAAAUGAAUUUGCAAGACUUUAUUCUCUUGUAGCAUUGUAUCUGGAUAAUUCUAGCAUUGUCUAUGUAUACCCAAAAGCCUUUGUUGAAUUGAAACAUCUGUAUUUCCUAUACCUAAAUGAUAACUUUAUAAAACGCUUGGAUCCUGGAAUGUUUGAAGGCCUUUCAAAUCUUCGUAAUUUAUAUUUACAGUCUAAUCAAGUAUCUUUUGUUCCAAGAGGAGUAUUUAAUGAUCUAGUUUCAGUUCGAUACUUAAAUCUACAAAAGAAUCGAUUAUCAGUCCUUGGGAGUAGUACCUUUGCUGGUAUGAUUGCUCUUCAAAUACUUGAUUUAUCAAACAAUAAAAUUUUUAGGAUAUCAGACACAAGCUUUCAACAUCUUGCAAACCUUAGUUGUUUGCAUUUAGAAGCUAAUAACUUAACAAAAGUACCAUCAAAUGCUUUUGGAAUACUUAGGAGUCUUAAAAGACUUUCUUUGUCACAUAACCGGAUUGAAGCAAUACAUCCUUUUGCAUUUAAAGGACUUGUCAACCUGGAAUAUCUCUUCCUGAAAAAUGCAAGAAUUAGAAAUGUUACUAAGAACGGGUUUGGUGGAAUUGAUAAUCUUAAAUAUUUAAUCUUAAGUCAUAAUAAUUUAGAAAACUUAAAUUCUGACAUGUUUAAUGUGUUAAAGAACUUAACAUACCUUCAACUUGAUAACAACAGAAUCAUCACCAUUGAUAAUGGUACAUUUGCAAACAUGGGAGCAUCUUUGAAGAUCCUUAACUUGUCAUUUAAUAACCUUACAGAUUUACAUCCGAGAGUCCUUAAGCCAUUGUCUUCAUUGGUUCGUCUUCAGGCAAAUUUUAAUCCUUGGGAAUGUAACUGCAAAUUAUUGGGCCUUCGUGACUGGCUAGCGUCUUCAGCCAUUACUCUAAACAUCUUUUGUCAGAAUCCCCCAUCAUUGCGUGGUCGAGCAUUGCAUUAUAUUAAGUGGACUGAUGUCACAAACUGCUCUGUACUUUUGACGAAUAGAUCCAGAACUUUGGAUAUAAAAUCUCUUUAUACUCAUCAGAAGACUACUGCAUUUAUGAUGGCUUGGCAUAAAGUAACUACAAAUGGUAAACAUUUGGAAAAUACCGACGCGGAGAAUGCUACAUUUGGGGAACAAAUUCAUACAUCAUCUGCCAGUAGAGUUUUUCAAGACAAUACCUUUGGUAAUCCAUUAGAAACAACCUCAUUGUUACCUGUGCACAUACAGUUUACUUCUUCUAUUAACCACAGUGCUCUACCAAGUGAUACUGUAGCAGUAUCUGGGGAAACAUCUUUAAUUUGCACACAAGAAGUUGAAAAAUUGAAUGAGGCUUUUGACAUUUUGCUAGCCUUUUUCAUCUUAGCUUGUGGUUUGAUCAUUUUUCUGAUCUAUAAGAUUGUUAAAUUUAAGCAGAAACUAAAGACACCAGAAAACUCCGGGGAAAAUAGACUUGAAUACUAUAGCUUUUAUCAGUCAGCGAGGUAUAAUGUAACAGCCUCAAUUUCUAACACUUCCCCAAAUUCUCUGCAGAGUUCUGGCUUGGAGCAAGCUCAACUUCAUAAACAAAUAGUUCCAGAAAACGAAGCACAAGUCAUAAUCUUUGAACAUUCUUCUUUAUAA